CUGGCACAACAUGUGGUUCCCAAAGUGUCACGGGAUUAGACCCUGACUGGGUGUGGCCCCAAACCCAAACACUCUUACACUCUGUUAAUUUUCCAAAUUAGUGUAAAGAAUCAGUACCACCAUGUCAGAUCAGGAGGCAAAACCUUCAACUGAGGACUUGGGAAAUCAGAAGGAAGGAGAACACAUAAAACUCAAAGUUAUUGGACAGGAUAGCAGUGCGAUUCACUUUAAAGUGAGAAUGACCACACAUCUUAAGACUCUCAAAGAAUCUUACUGUCAAAGACAGGGAGUUCCAGUGAAUUCACUCAGGUUUCUCUUUGAAGGUCAGAGAAUUGCUGAUAAUCACACUCCAAAAGAACUGGGAAUGGAGGAAGAAGAUGUGAUUGAAGUUUAUCAGGAACAAACGGGGUCACUCAAAAAUUUAGAUAUUCUUUUUAUUUUUUUCUUUAUGCUCAAUCCUUUUUUAUUUUUAAAAAUAGUUCUUUUAUAAUGUGGUU